AUAAAGAUCAGAAUGUCAACAAUGAAAACAACGGAAGGUAUCUUUGUGAAAUUAAUCAUCGUUGGUUACUUGUUGGCAACAUGUCAAACAUUUCCUAGUAGUGAUGUGAUUGAGAAUAAUACAGAUAAAGUGUUGAAAAAUUUUACUGAACAAAUAACUAAAAGUAUUAAUAUCGAUAAUAUUGAUUUGAAAAGACCAGAUCGGAGUAUUGACGUGACAUCAAAUUUAAAUAAGACUGGUACAAUAAUCGACGAUGACUCAACGUUAGAUGUCAUACAUGUAACGAAUUCUCCAACGGAAAAAUCUGCCCAAAAAAAUAGCAAUGUCUUGGGCCUUGAUUUGAACAAGCAACCAUGCGGUAUCCCAGAUAUUCGUCCUUACUUCGAAAAUACAGUUAACAAUAUCAGACGAUGGCUUGAUAGUAUCAUCGAUGAAUGUAAUAAAGUAGAGGGGAUAACAACUGAAAACAUAGAAACUAUCCGCAAAAGUUGUGCUCAACUGAAAAAUAAUUACCUUAAAUUAUUUCAAUUAAUAAUUAAUCCUUUAAAUCAUCUAAAUGGAAAUUUAACAGUUGUGAAUAAUACCUGUUCAAUAAUUGCUGGCUUAGAAAAUAUAAGAAAUAAUGUGAUGAAUUUUACUUUAUGGCCGGAAAACAUAAUAUCAAGAAAUAAUUCAUUCAGUAAUAUAAUUCAGAAAUUUAGAAAUUUUUUUUCGACAAAAUAUGGAACAUUACCAAAUACAUCAACAUCUGUUAAUAGUUCUGAUGUAAAAUCAAACAUUUCCUUUCCGGAAAAAUGCACAAUGGCUCAGUGUAAUAUAAUAAAUAAUCUGCUUAAUUUGCCUCAAAAAAUUAGACAAUCCAUUGACAAACUAAUAAGAAAUGUUACAAACAUAAUUAAUCUACAGAAGUAUAAAGAACUUAAAGCGGUAACAGACAGCUCAAUAAACAAUCAAUUUAAUACUUUCAUUCAGGAAAGAAUUUCAUGUCAAAAUCGUUCUCAUGAAUUGUUCAAGAAUAUAUUACUUCAUAAUCCGUUAAUUCAAUCAUUUAAUAGUAUACAAAAUUUUCCUCAACAAAUUAGAGAAUCAAUUGACAAAUUUAUUAGUGAUGUUAGGAGUAUAUUCAUACCACAAAAUUCUAGAGACGUGAAAACGGUGACAAAUACGUCAACUAAUGGUCAACUUAAUAAUGGAACUGAUAUUCCUGAUCAAGGAGAAUUUUUAUUUCAAAAACCUUCAAAUGGAUUAUUCAACAAUAUAUGGAAUAUUUCAUCCUCAGCGAAAUCAUCAUCUAAUCGGCUUUUUAAUCAAGCCUUGGAUAAUCUGCAAAAUAUGCCUCAACGAAUUCAAGAAUCGAUUGACAAAUUUAUCAGUGACGUUAGGAGAAUAUUCAACUCUUCGAAUUCAGCAAAAUCUCCAUCUAGUAAUUUUUUUAUUCAGUCCUUAGAAGCUCUGCGAAAUAUGCCUCAACAAAUUAGGGAAUCGAUUGACAAGUUUAUUAGUGAAGUUAGAAACAUAUUCGUACAGCAAGAUUCUAAAAUAGUUGUAGCAAAGACAAAUAACGCAAUAAGUAAUCAACUGAAUAAUGUAAUGAAUACUUUUGUCGAUAAAGAUUCUAUGGUUCGAAAUUUUAAUGAAUUUUUCAAAAAUAUAUGUCAAUUUCUAACACCUAAAGAAUUUUCAUCUGGCAAUCUACUUACUCAAUCACUUGACAACCUGCGAAAUUUGCCACAACAAAUAAGCAACUCAAUUAAUGACCUUAUCAAUAAUGUUGUAAACAUAUUUACGAUAAACGAUUGUAAAAAGCACAAAGGAAUGGUGAACUUCCCAAUUAAUAAUCGAAUUAGUAAUGCAAAUCAUAAUUUAAUUUACAAAGCAUCUACAUUUCAAAAUUUUUUUAAUGGAUUAUUCAAGAAAUCAUUACCAACUCAACAAGUAUCUUCAACACGAAAAGAUUUACCAUAUUUAUCGGCUUUUUCUAAACAUUAUAGUUUUCCUAGGAAACGUAGAAAUUCCUAUAAAUGUUCGACUGCCAGAAAAUGUUUGUAAAUUUCUAAGAAUUAAUUAUUGGAGUGGAGAAUACGUUUGGUCUGCAUCACUUAUAGAGCAAAUACCAAACGAUGUAUAAUAUGAUGUGAUAAAAAAUUAGAGAAUAUUACGAUGAGUGCUAAAGUAUAGAAUGUAUAAAAACUGUACGACUAGCUGAAUUAUUUAAUGCACAUUUACAAUUAUGUUUUUUAUAUUUAGAAAUAUGUUUUUGACUAAUGAUUAAUUUUUUUAAGACUUGUUUUCUUACAUUAUUUAGUAAGUUAAUGAUAACAAUAAUUCUAAUCUAAUUCUUUUACAUUAAUGAGAAAAAUAAAUAAAUUAUAAUUAGAAAAAUUGAAUUAAAAAAUAUAUACUAUUGAAAUAAUAAUGA